AUGCCGCUCCAGAGCAUCCCAUCCCCAACUGCAGCAGAGGACAAGGCAGAGGACAAGGCAGAGGAGAGCGCAGAGGACAAGGCAGAGCGUCAGCAUGGAGCAGCAGGCCUUAAACCCCUCCGUUGGUCAAGCCCGGACAGAUCAAGCUCGUUCUCAGCCUCCCAGAGCCAAUCCGGGGUCGUCUCCCCAGCUUCACCAAACCUGCUUCAGCUCAACCUUGCCAGCCACUCGGAUGGUUCAUCAGAGGGCGACGCUCACUCACACUCACCCCUCAGGCGGUUCCCCUCGGGAAUCCAUGGCUGGGAGUCUGAGGACCAAGCCAUCUACUGCUUCCUGGGCGAUGGAACCAUUGUGAUGUGGAACGUAGGGUCCGAGAAGCUGUUUGGGUACACAGCGGAGGAGGCUAUGGGGCGGAACAUAGUGGACCUGCUAUGUUGCCAGAAGACAAGCCACGCCGCCUUUCAAAUCAUUGCACGCUUGCAGGGGGGGCAGUGCUGGACGGGCAAUUUCUCUCUUAUCAAGAAGUCAGGCGAAGUUUUUGACGCCAUGAUUACAGACUGGCCAAUAUUUGACAGCAAGGGCAGCGUGAGCAUGAUUGUGGGAGUGGCGAGUGACAGCCGGCCGUUCAAGGAGCAGAUUCGAGCUCUUAUCGACAGCUGCAGCAGCAGCAUGCACGUCAGCACGUCCCUUGGCCCUGUCUCCACCGCCUCUCCUGGUGCUGCCGCCGUUGCCGCUGCUUUUCAUUCUGCUGCUUCACCUCUGCCUGGCUCUACUGCUGCUGCCUCCGUUCGCCAUGCUGCCUACCCUGGCGUUGAUGACUUCCCAUCGCCAGCCACGCCACUUGAGACCAUCCCAUCCCCAACUGCAGCAGAGGACAAGGAAGGGGACAAGGAAGGGGACAACACACAGGACAAGGCAGAGCACCGGCAGGUAGUAGCAGGCGUGAAGCCGCUGCAGCUGAAUGUGACCGCGGCACCCCUGCGGCCGAUCCGAGUUCCUGAAAACGCGACCGUGUUUGCGACUGGAAACGCAAAUGGAGGUGCUCCUUCCCGCGUGGCUCGUGUGGCCUCUCGGCUCUCUGCUGCUCCUCUGCGCGCUCCCUCUCAGUUCCGCGCUGCUGCUCUGCAUGUCCCCGCUUUGGACCGCACUGCACCUCUGCAACUGCCCUUGUUAACCCGGUUAACCCGUGCUGAUGAGGCUGAUCAGACAGUGCCUCUGCCAGACCUUGCUGUUCGUGCCUCUGGGGCCCUGUACUUUCAAGGAGGGGAAGUGGGCGGAGGAGAAGCAGCAGCAGCAAUGGCGUUAGAUUACCCGAAGGGAGAAGCAGCAGUGCCGUUUGGUUUCAGUGCAGAAGGGGAGACAGGAGGAGGGGAAGCAGGUGUGCCGUUUGAAUUUGAUGCAGAGGGCGAGGAUGAUGCUCACGUGGAGGGUCAGCAGCACCCGUGGCAAAUACCCUUCGCUUCCACUGUCCUGUCCCUGGUAAGCUUCAUGCUCCUUUGGAACUCCCUGCUUCCUUUGAAUCGUUCUUUCUGGUAA